AUGUUGAAAAGGGUACCCAAGACAACAUUAAAGUCUCUAAUGAAGAAGAAAGCCCACAUUCGUGUAGGCAUAGCCGCAGAUGCAAUGGUCGAGCUGAACGUGCUGCUGUUUCUGCAUAGCCUCGCAGAAGAGGCGAGGACCAAAGCUUUUGAGGAGAAAUCUGCGACUAUCAAAGCACACCACGUCAAAGCAGUAUCCAAGAAACUGCUGAAACAAGCCAGAGGGUGA